CCCUCACUUGUCCAUACCCUCCUUCUCUCGCUCACGCCGCAUUCUCUGGACAUCUCUCCACCUUCAUAAAAACUAAAGAUGGCGAAGAACAAGGCGAAGUCUACGGCGAAUAAAGCAAAGAAGGCGUUGGCUCCGGGAACUCUUUCCAUCCCCAGCGGAGGGAUGUCUUCUACAGGCUCAUCUGCGAGCAAUUCGCCCACUUCUUCUAGAGCGCAGAAAACGCCUAGGACGCCGGCAGACGAGGGUAUCGCGUUCUUCGAGUCUGAAUUCAAAAAGGGCGAGCCACCCGUCAGAGUCUACGAGUUAGCACUCGAUGCAGACGGUGGGCCGAGCAAGGAAGUUGCGUACAUUCGUCUCCCUCCAGCUUACACUCCCUAUAUCUUGCGUGUAUCGCUCGAGGCUGGCACUCCUGCUUCCCGAAACGGCGUCUUCAAGACCAACUUCCCUCUUGAAGGAGGACAGUUUGAUCGCAACAACUUUUGCGAUAAAAAACUUCCGACCGACGUCUCCAAGCCUAUCGAGAUUGAUCUGCCCAUCUCCCAUGCCGGCGCGUUUGCCUAUUGGGUCGAAUACGAUGGUGCCACUGCAGGUUCCCGGAUUAAGGGUCGCGUAGGAUACUUCAACAUCGACCCAAUCCUUCGGACCAAAGCUCGGGCUCCCAUUCUUUCCUCCGACUUGAUACCUCUCCCCCCCUCGGAAGGAGGCGGUGCCCUCAAGGACGAGUUCACGAACAUCCCUCUUUCCGCCGUCUCUCUCCUCAGUACCGUUUCGAAAUGGAUGGGCCCCGUCUCAAAGUGGCCUCAGUUCUUUGCGGAGGCGAGGGACCGCGGUUACAACAUGCUUCACUGGACGCCGUUGCAGGAGCGUGGCGAGAGCGACUCGCCUUACUCGAUUAAGGACCAGUUGAAGUACGAGCCUGCUAUGUUCGAUGACAACAAGGAUAUCAAGGCCGAUGGCGGUAUUGCGAAGAUGGAGGAAAUCCUCAAGCUCGCGAGGGAAGAAUAUGGGUUGUUGAACUUGACCGAUGUCGUUCUCAACCACACGGCGAACAACAGCACCUGGCUGGAGGAUCAUCCCGAAGCUGGAUUUAGCCCCGCGACCUUCCCUCACCUCACUUCAGCUCUUGAGCUGGAUAACGCGAUGAUCGAGUUCUCUAGCCUACUUAGUGAGAAAGGCCUUCCUACCUCUGUGAACUCCAUGGGCGAUGUCGAUACUCUGACGAACGCAUUCGCCGACUAUAUCAAACCGCUCAACUUCUGGCAGUACUAUGUCCUCGACACCGAGCGCGAGAAGGAAGAGGUCCAUAAAGCUCUGAAGAGUGGGAAGGCUACCCCUUGGAAAGGUCCCGACCUCGCCGGCAAGUCUCCUGUCGAUAUCGCCGUGACGCUCCGCUCGUUCGAGAACGGAAAACAUAUUCAAGGUCUCGGGAAAUACGCGAAGCGCUUUGGCGUGUCGGUGGAUGGCUUAGUGGCUGCUGGGAUCACUCAGACUGCUCUUCAGGGAGGCGAUAUCGACGCUCUCGCUGAGUUCUGGGUGAAGGUUGUGGAUGUUCUGAAUGUCCCGUUGUACGAGGAAUGGGAAGUGGAUACUAAGAUAGCCAUCGAAAGCAUUCGCGGAAGGUUGAAGUAUACCAGGCUCGACGAGCAUGGUCCCCGAUUGGGAGAGAUCACCCAGAAAUCACCGCUCAUGGAGUCUUACUUCGCUCGCAUUCCUGGCCACGAGAAGGACCCUCUCAAGUACUCUUUGGCCGUCAACGGCUGGAUGUGGGCGGCCGAUCCCUUAUCGAACUUUGCUCUCCUUCCCUCAAAGGCUUACUUCCAACGUACCGUCAUCGCCUGGGGCGACUGUGUCAAACUUAACUACGGCUCUUCACCCGAAGACUCUCCUUUCCUCUGGGAGCACAUGACGAAAUAUGUCACUACCCUCGCUCGCGCCUUCACUGGCUUCCGUCUCGACAACUGUCACUCAACCCCUCUUCACGUGGGAACGUUCCUCCUAGACCGUGCUCGCGAGGUCAAUCCCGAUCUCUACGUCGUCGCGGAGCUGUUCACCGGUAGUGAGGACAUGGACACGAUCUUCGUCAGUCGUCUGGGUAUUAACAGUCUCAUUCGCGAGGCGGGCAACGCUGGCGACCCGAAGGAGUUCUCGCGUAUUAUCUGGCGUGAUGGGCUCGGGAAGCCUAUCGGUUCUAUGGACGGAGCAUGCCUGACUACGCCAUCUUUCAUUCAGUCGCCGACGCCUUCAGGGAAAGGGCCCAUUCGACCUUGCCUCGUCAGUCCUGUUACCGGUUCGCUUCCUCAUGCGCUUCUCUACGACCAGACACACGACAACGAGUCGACUGCCAUGAAGCUUUCCGCGGAGCACACGCUCUCUGCCGCCGCCGUUGUAGCAUUCUCGUGGUGCGCCACCGGCAGCGUGAAGGGCUACGACGAGGUGUAUCCUAAACUUCUAGAGCUUGUCACGGAGAAGAGGCUGUAUGAACUUGUCGGAUUAGGUGAUGCGAAGGAAGGGGAAUUCGGGAGAAGUGGUAUUGCGGUGGCCAAAAGGCUGUUGAAUAAUUUGCAUAGGGAGAUGGUUGUAGGCGGUUAUGAAGAGGGUCAUGUGCAUCAGGAAAACGACUAUAUAGUGAUGCACAGAGUCCAGCCAGGCACUCAGAAGGGGUACAUCAUGGUCGCCCACAAUGCCUUCGCGAAUAGUAAAGGUUCUAAGGAUCGUGGAAAUAUUGAACCCAUCCGCCUGCGCGGCUCCAAAGUCAAGUUCAUCUUUGGCAGCAGUAUCGAGUUUUCUGAAGCAGGGCCUAAAGCUGAUGAUAAAACUCUGGGCGGUAUCCCGUCCAAACUUGUUCCCAUUCCUGCACCCCACGUACCUGAAGGAAGCGACGGUGAAGGCCCUUACUCGGAUAUUAUCGUCCCCGAUUACUUCCCUCCCGGUAGCAUCAUGAUCUUCGAGACUCACUUGCAAGGCUUCGACACAGAGCUCGACGCCUUCUGCGCAUCCGGAGCUGAUAAAGCAUUCGAUGAGCUUGACCUUGUCGAUCUCAACGUCGUCCUGUUCAGGUCCGAGGGUGAGGAGCUCGAUGCGACGAACGGAGAGAUCGGAGGAUACGAUAUUCCUGGCGCCGGAAAGUCCAAGUUCUGUGGAUUGGAAGGCUGGAUGCACGCUCUCCGUCACGUUAUGCGCUACAACGACUUGGGCCACCCGCUUUGCGGUCAUCUCAGGGAGGGCACCUGGGCGUUGGAUUACGUUCCUUCUCGACUUUCAAAGCAAGCUUCCUACCUUCCUCAUCUCGCCAAGCCGGCGGAAUGGUUCAAAGCGCGCUUUGAUCGUAUCAAGACUUCCGUCCCGCCUUUCCUCCGCCCCAAAUAUUUCGCCAUUGUCAUCUCUGAAGCCUACAAAGCUGCACGUCGUGCCGCCAUUGAGCAAUGCUCAGACUUCGUCUCGUCAGGACACUCGUUCACGCAUGAUCUUGCGCUCGUUGCCGUCCAGAUGCAUGGUAGGGUGCAGUCUGCAAGCUUGGACCCGGGCAAGCCGACGCCUUCGCUCGCGGCUGGCUUGCCGCACUUUGCGGCAGGAUGGGCAAGGUGCUGGGGAAGAGAUGUGUUCAUCUCGUUGAGGGGCUUGUUCUUGGCGACGGGGCAGUUUGUUGAUGCGAAGAAGCAUAUCGUGGCGUUUGCGUCGACGUUGAAGCAUGGACUGAUUCCGAACUUGUUGGAUUCGGUGAGGAACCCGAGAUAUAACUCCCGUGAUUCUCCCUGGUGGAUGUUACAAAAUAUCCAAGACUACACAACGAAGGCUCCUGACGGCCUAGCCAUUCUCGACGAACCGGUCAAGCGUCGUUUCCCCAAAGACGAUACUUGGGUUCCCUGGGACGACCCUCGCGCCUACUCGGAAACCAGCACCAUCGCCGAAAUCAUCCAGGAAAUCCUCCAGCGCCACGCCGAUGGCAUCUCCUUCCGCGAGCAUAAUGCGGGACCGAACCUCGACAUGCAGAUGCGCGAUCCAGGGUUCAACAUCGAAGUUAAAGUCGACUGGAAGACGGGCCUCGUCUCUGGUGGGAAUGAAUGGAAUUGUGGGACCUGGAUGGAUAAGAUGGGAGAGUCUGAGAAGGCGGGUACGAAGGGGCUUCCGGGGACGCCUAGGGAUGGAGCGCCAGUGGAGAUUACUGGAUUGGUAAAGAGUACAUUGAGGUGGUUGGAUGGAUUGGCGGGCAAGGGCAAGUUUCCGUUCAAGGGUGUUGAAGCUGGGAUCGAUGGAAAGCGCCGCCUGGUCACAUAUAAAGAGUGGAAUGACUUGAUCCAAGAGUCUUUCGAGAAGUCUUACUACGUUCCUUUGGAUCCCACUGAGGACUCAAAGUACACCCUCAACUCCUCCCUCGUGAACCGUCGCGGAAUCUACAAAGACACCUUCGGUGCUGGUACCGGCCGCGAAUGGUCCGACUACCAGUUCAGGGCCAAUUUUCCCAUUGCCAUGACGGUCGCUCCAGAGUUGUUCGUUCCCGAACACGCUAUGGGCGCGUUAAAGUUGGCCGACCAGGUCUUGAGGGCUCCCUUGGGCAUGAAGACGCUGGACCCGAGCGAUAUGCAAUAUAGGCCACACUACGAUAACGCGAACGACUCGAGCGAUCCGGCUGUGGCUAAGGGGAGGAACUACCAUCAGGGUCCUGAGUGGGGGUGGCCUUUAGGAUACUUCCUACGCGCAUACCUCUACUUCGACACUCGAGUAGGAGAUGGCAAGAAGGACCCAUCUGUCUCACUCCACUAUAUUCAUAAUUCCCUCCUCACUUCUCGCGCACAUAUCCGCAAGGAUCCCUGGAGAGGUCUACCGGAGCUGACCAACGAGAAUGGCGGAUUCUGUUACGAUUCGUGCCCUACUCAGGCUUGGAGCGCAAGUACGCUCUUGGACGCCUUGGAGGAUGCGCAUGCGAUCUCUACGGCUGACAAGGCGUAGGCCGGUUUACGGAGAAGGAACGCAUUCAAUUUGAUAACGGACAUACAUACACCAGUUCUGCAUACACAUUGUUACCCUUUCCUUGAUCUGAGGGCCUCAGGGCACACCAGCUAAGAUGUCUUUCUCAAUUCUCUUCUCUAUUCCGAAGUUCGUAGUCAGCAUUGCUGUUGUCAUUCCCCCCUGUUUGUAUUCACGAUAAUUAGCGCGGAGGACGUACAAGUAGAUGUAUGUUUUCUCGCAUGUAACGCAACAAC